AUGGACGUACAACGUAUUGUGGUUCAGCAUGACAAUGCGAAGCCCCACACAGUCUCAUUCGACAGCGAGGUCAUUGCUGCAAGCAAGCUUAACCGUCGGCAUAUUGUGUUCGGUGACCAGCCAGCAAACAGCCCGGACUUGUACGUCCUUGACUUGGGCUUCUUCAACUCGAUCCAGUCGCUCCAGCAAAAGAUACCCGCUUUCACCGUUGACGAGUUGAUCAGUAACGUGACGAGCGCUUUUGCCAACGUACCUGCCGAGUCGCUGGACAACGUGUUCUACACGUUACAGUCUGUCAUGGAAUGCAUAUUGGAGACUGGCGGGAGCAACAAGUUCAAGCUGAGACAUAUUGGCAAGGAAGCAAAACGUCGAAAUGGUGAGCUCGAAGAGUCGUUGACAUGUUCUGCUGACACGUACCUUGCUGCUCGUCUUGCUGACCUUUGA